AUGACAGACGCUGUGAUCAUUCCCAAGGUCCAGGUCACGAACCCCAUCGUCGAACUCGAUGGGGACGAAAUGACGCGCGUCAUCUGGAAAGAGAUCCGCGAGAAGCUCAUUUUGCCCUUUCUAGAGCUCCAGAUCGAGUACUUUGACCUUGGGCUUGACCACCGCGACGCGACAAACGAUGAAGUGACGCUGGAAGCUGCGCGUGCCAUCAAGCAACACAACGUCGGCAUCAAGUGCGCGACGAUUACGCCAGAUGAAGCCCGAGUCCAGGAAUUUGGACUCAAGAAGAUGUGGCUCAGCCCCAAUGGUACGAUCCGCAACGAAUUGGGCGGCACGGUCUUCCGGGAACCCAUUGUGUGCCAGAACAUCCCGAAGCUCGUGCCUGGCUGGACAGAGCCCAUUGUCAUUGGUCGGCACGCUUUCGGGGACCAGUAUAAGGCCAUUGACUUUGUGGCGACCGAGCCAGGUACGUUUACGCUCACGUUCACCCCUGCACGGACUGGAGCACGGCCAGAAGAGUACCGCGUGUACGACUUUGAGGGUGCUGAUGGCGGCGUCGGACUCGGGAUGUACAACACCGUCGAGUCUAUUACUGGCUUUGCCAAGUCGUGCUUCCAGUACGCGCUCGAGCGCAAGAUGCCGCUCUACUUGAGCACGAAAAACACCAUUCUCAAGCGCUACGACGGCCAGUUCAAGGACAUUUUCCAGCACAUAUACGACAGUUUGUUCCAGCUCAAGUUUGAAGCAGCGGGGAUCGGGUACGAGCACCGCUUGAUCGAUGACAUGGUCGCUCAAUGUCUCAAGUCCAAGGGCGGGUUCGUCUGGGCUUGCAAGAACUACGACGGCGACGUGCAGUCGGACAUUUUGGCCCAAGGGUUCGGCUCACUCGGUCUGAUGACGAGUGUGCUACUGACUCCAGAUGGAAGGACGCUGGAAGCUGAAGCUGCACAUGGGACAGUGACAAGGCACUACCGCGUGCAUCAGAAAGGAGGCGAGACAAGCACCAACUCGAUUGCAAGUAUCUUUGCAUGGACCCGCGGGUUGUUGCACCGUGCCAAGCUGGACGAGAAUAGGAAGCUCCAAAGGUUUUGCACCGAGCUUGAAGCGUGUGUGAUCGAGAGCGUCGAGAGCGGGAACAUGACAAAAGAUCUGGCUCUGCUCGUGCACGGAUCGAAAGAUCUGAAGCGCGAGCAUUAUCUCGACACUUUUGAAUUUAUUGAUAAAGUGGCGGCCAAGUUACGCAUGCGCUUAGCAGCAGCAGUAGCAGAUGGAAGAGAUUUGGGUGAGUAA